CCUUAUUUAUUUAUUUAUUUAUUUUAUUCCCCAGUACUACGAAAUGUCGUAUGGUUUGAAUAUUGAAAUGCACAAACAGACAGAAAUUGCUAAAAGACUGAAUACGAUUUUAGCCCAGAUCAUGCCUUUUCUGUCACAAGAGCACCAACAGCAAGUCGCACAGGCUGUUGAGCGUGCCAAGCAAGUGACAAUGACGGAGUUGAAUGCUAUCAUCGGGCAGCAGCAGCUCCAGGCCCAGCACCUCUCCCACGCCGCUCAUGGGCCCCCAGUCCACCCCUCGGGCCUCCAGCCGCCGGGCAUCCCACCGGUCACCGGCAGCAGCUCGGGGCUGCUGGCUCUCGGCGCCCUGGGCAGCCAGGCACACCUUGCCGUCAAAGAUGAGAAAAACCAUCAUGACCUGGACCACAGAGAGCGAGACUCAAGUGCAAAUAACUCUGUUUCGCCCUCGGAGAGCCUGAGAGCCAGCGAGAAGCACCGGAGCUCCACGGACUACAGCAUCGACUCCAAGAAGCGGAAAGCGGAGGAGAAGGACAGCAUGAGCCGAUAUGACAGCGAUGGUGACAAGAGCGAUGACCUAGUGGUGGAUGUCUCCAACGAGGACCCCGCCACCCCCCGGGUCAGCCCAGCCCACUCCCCCCCGGAGAACGGCAUAGACAAAGCCCGUGGGCUGAAGAAGGGGGACGCGCCAAACAGCCCGGCCUCGGUCGCCUCCUCCAGCAGCACUCCCUCCUCCAAGACUAAAGACCUGGGCCAUAACGACAAAUCGUCGACGCCUGGGCUCAAGUCAAACACUCCAACGCCGAGGAAUGACGCUCCCACCCCGGGGACGAGCAGCACCCCAGGGCUGCGGCCAAUGCCCGGCAAACCGACUGGGAUGGACCCCCUAGCCUCAGCCCUGCGGACGCCCAUCUCCAUCGCGGGUUCCUACGCGGCUCCCUUCGCCAUGAUGGGGCACCACGAGAUGAACGGCUCGCUCACCAGCCCUGGCGCCUACGCGGGGCUCCACAACAUCCCCCCGCAGAUGAGUGCCGCUGCCGCCGCCGCCGCUGCCUAUGGCCGGUCGCCAAUGGUUGGUUUUGACCCGCACCCACCCAUGAGAGCCCCCGGCCUGCCCUCGAGCCUGGCGUCCAUCCCUGGAGGGAAGCCAGCCUACUCCUUCCAUGUGAGCGCUGAUGGGCAGAUGCAGCCAGUGCCUUUUCCCCAUGACGCCCUGGCUGGUCCUGGCAUCCCGCGGCACGCCCGGCAGAUCAACACGCUGAGCCACGGCGAGGUGGUGUGCGCCGUCACCAUCAGCAACCCCACCAGGCAUGUCUACACGGGGGGUAAGGGCUGUGUGAAGAUCUGGGACAUCAGCCAGCCGGGCAGCAAGAGCCCCAUCUCCCAGCUCGAUUGCUUGAACCGAGAUAACUACAUCCGCUCCUGCAAACUCCUCCCCGAUGGGCGCACGCUGAUCGUGGGAGGGGAGGCGAGCACGCUCACCAUCUGGGACCUGGCUUCCCCCACACCCCGCAUCAAGGCCGAGCUGACCUCCUCUGCCCCAGCCUGCUACGCCCUGGCCAUCAGUCCCGAUGCCAAAGUCUGCUUCUCCUGCUGCAGUGAUGGCAACAUCGCUGUCUGGGACCUGCACAACCAGACGCUCGUCAGGCAAUUCCAAGGCCACACGGAUGGUGCCAGCUGCAUAGAUAUCUCCCACGAUGGUACGAAGUUGUGGACGGGGGGUCUGGACAACACAGUGCGCUCCUGGGACCUGCGGGAAGGGCGGCAGCUCCAGCAGCACGACUUCACCUCCCAGAUCUUCUCACUGGGCUACUGCCCAACGGGCGAGUGGCUGGCGGUGGGCAUGGAGAGCAGCAACGUGGAGGUGCUGCACCACACGAAACCCGACAAGUACCAGCUGCACCUCCAUGAGAGCUGCGUCCUCUCCCUCAAGUUUGCCUACUGUGGGAAAUGGUUUGUGAGCACCGGCAAAGACAACCUGCUCAACGCCUGGAGGACGCCCUACGGAGCGAGCAUCUUCCAGUCCAAGGAAUCCUCGUCCGUCUUAAGUUGUGACAUUUCAGCGGAUGACAAGUACAUCGUCACAGGCUCUGGUGACAAGAAAGCCACAGUCUACGAGGUCAUCUACUAACUGUGGAUUUUUAUAGCAGGGCUGGCAAGUCCCAGCACCGGCGGUGGCAGGACUCGGGCGGCCGGCAGGGAGCGGCCGGGGGGCUCGGGGGGGC